AUGAAGAUGAUGGACCAUCCGAACAUCAUUAAGCUCUACGAGUCUUUCGAAGAUCUUAGGAGCGGCACGAACGACCGGGGCGAUGCGAGUAAGCGGCGCGACCCACCGUGGGGCGAGGCUCUCACCACGAAAGCUGGUACGCCUUACUACGUGGCGCCACAGGCAGGCUACGGGUGCUCCUUUGUGGAUACCCGCCCUUUUUUCGGCGAGACAGACGCAGAUGUCUUGGCCAAGGUGCGUCUGGGCAACUUCAACUUCAAUCCCGCCGAUUGGAAAAAUGUGCUCGGAGCUCGGAAGGGGCCUGUAGUGGCCUCGGCGGAGAAGAAGAAGCGUUCUGAACCUCCAGCGGCAACGCUGUUCUGGGUCGUGUGUACAAUCUAUAGGUCGGAUGAUGCCAAAAGCCUCAUCCGAUGGAUGUUGAAGAUGAACCCCCGCGACCGCUAUAGCGCGGCGCGGCGACCUCAGUGGCGAUCCUCGAGGAUCGAGCCGCUGCGAUCGAACUUUGUCGACAACCUGCGGGGCUUUCAAUCGCAGAACAAGCUAAAGAAGGCAGCUCUCCACAUCAUCGCUGGCCAACUGAACGAGGAUGAGAUCAAGAAGCUCCGAGAAGCCUUCACUAGCCUCGACAAGAAUGGCGAUGGCCUUCUCACGCAUUCAGAGCUCAAGGACGGCCUUGGGAAGGCAGGGCUCAAGGAGAUCCCUCCAGACCUCGCGGCGAUCAUGGACGGUGUGGACGCCGACGGCAGCGGCGUCAUCGACUACACCGAGUUCCUGGCCGCCACGCUCGACAGGCAGCAGUACAUGAAAGAAGAUGUCUGCUGGGCAGCCUUCAGAGUUUUCGACCGAAAUGGAGAUGGACACAUCUCCACACAGGAACUCAAGCAGGUGCUGCAGAGCAGCGAGGUGGAAGAUGCACUUGGACUGAAAGCCAUCGCGGACUUGAUGGUCGAAGUUGAUAGCAAUGGCGACGGCAUGAUCGACUUCGAGGAGUUCAUGGCCAUGAUGCGAGGUUCGGGGGAAAAGCGCGGGGAACCGACGCGGUCAGCGACCGGGGCACCUAAGGUUACUGUGGGGCACCGGCACUCGGACUGGUGA